GUAGUUGACUGACCUUUUUGGGAAACGUGAGCAUUCGCGCAAGACAUCAGUAGACUUCAUACAAAUUGGCUAUUUGAUUUUUCCGCAAACGAAAAAAAGAAGCAAGUACAACUUUUCCGUUUACUUCAUUAAAAAAACAAAAAAAAAAUGGUUUACACCGAACGUACGGAGCGUUACAUCGAACCAAAGGAUCAAUGCAGCAGCAAUGCGGGCAGCAGUAAAUCUCAUGCCGCAUCGUCCAAAUAUUCGACGCAGGAGCACUGCUCGAGCAGUUCGAACACUGCUAGCAGUUCGAAUUGGGAAAGAAAACAGUCAGCGCCGGAGGAUAAGUGGAAGUACAAUAAUAUGGUGCGCAAUGAUCGCGAAAAAUUCAACAGUUUGCAUUUUUGCUGAAAGGUGCUCAUAGCCACCGUAAGCGGUGUCACCAUAUCCCAUAUCCCAUAUCCCUCAUCCGCCUCCAUUGAAACACAGUUUCAUACAUAUGCAUAUGCACAUACGUAGAAACGCUAUCAACUACAAAGUGUUGCGAGUCUACUAUGUAGCGUGCCAUAAAAAUUAUUUCCUCAUGCCACACCACCCUCACCUGCAGUUAAGUUAGUGCAUUUAAAAUCUAAGUUGGCGAUCUAUAAGUAAGAACUUUGCUAAUGUGAUGUUUAAUUUAGUGAUAAGCUGGUACAUAUAUACAUUUGAUAUAUAUAUGCACAUACAAACAUAUAUAGUACAUAUGUAUAUGUUUUAAACCCCCUUGGGGUGUUGGCAAUUGAAAUUUGUAGAAAAUAUAAUUAUUAUGCAUAGAA